AGAGACAGAGAGAGAGACAGAGACAGAGAGACAGAGAGAUACAGAGAGCACUACAUUUAACCAUGUCGGAACCGGCCAGUGCCAGGGGCCAAACCCAGACUGGGACGAGGCGCUUCAUCAGUGGAGUAGUGGAGGGUUUUUAUGGGCGGCCGUGGACUAUGGAGCAGAGAACAGAGCUGUUUAAAAGAGAACAGAAGUGGGGUUUGAACACAUAUCUGUACGCCCCCAAGGAUGACUACAAACACAGGAUGUACUGGAGGGACCUGUACUCUCCUCAGGAGGCAGAACAACUCAUCGCCCUGAUAUCCGCAGCUAAACAGCAUGACGUCGAGUUCAUCUAUGCCAUCUCUCCCGGCCUGGACGUUACUUUUUCCAACCCCAAAGAGGUCGCUGCCCUGAAGAGGAAGCUGGAUCAGGUGAAGGAUUUUGGCUGCAGGUCCUUCUCUUUACUGUUUGAUGACAUCGAGACUGAGAUGUGUCCAGCUGAUAAACAGGCCUUCAGCUCCUUUGCCCACGCUCAGGUGGCCAUCACUAAUGCAGUGUACCAGCACCUGGGUGAACCUGAGACCUUCCUCUUCUGUCCUACAGAUUAUUGUGCUGCGUUCUGCACUCCCAAUGUGUCCCAGUCCGCUUACCUGCACACUGUGGGAGAGAAGCUGCUGCCUGGGGUAGACAUACUGUGGACUGGUCCCAAAGUGGUAUCCCACAAAAUCUCUGUGGAGUCUAUAGAAGAGGUGUCCUCUGUCCUGAAGAGGCCACCGGUCAUCUGGGACAAUAUCCACGCAAAUGACUAUGACCCCCAAAGGCUCUUCCUCGGACCCUUUAAGGAUCGUCCCACUGAGCUGAUUCCCAAACUGAGAGGAGUGCUCACCAACCCCAACUGUGAGUUCUACCCAAACUUUGUGGCCAUCCACACGUUGGCUACAUGGUGCAAAGCAACCACUGAUGAAGGACAGAGGGAUGUGGAAAUGGGCGACGAGGAGCAGGAUCCGUGCUACAGCCCGCAGAAGGCCCUGACCCUGGCCCUCACUGACUGGCUGCAGGAGUUUCUGAGCACCGAUCAGCCUGGAGCUCGUCUCAAGAAAGAGUCAUCAGAUGAGGAGCCCAUGCAGACCGACAUGGGAGAGAGCUCCUAUGUUCCUGGACCUGGGGAGAACCCGCUGUACACAGCGGAGCCUCUGACCCUGGAUGACCUGAAGCUGCUGUCAGACCUUUUCUACCUGCCGUACGAACACGGGCCGACAGCCAGGACUAUGCUGCAGGAGCUGGACUGGCUGAAGAACAACAGUCGGGCCGCUGCUGCAGAGACAGACAAGACAGCAGAGUGGUGCUCAAGAGCGCAGCAGUUUGAUGGCAUGUGCGAGGCGGUGGUGCAAAUGUUCAAUCGUCUGUCAAACGCCCCUAACCGCAGAAUCCUCUACGACCUCUACAACUACAUCUGUGACAUCAAGAGUGGGGUCGGUCUGGCUCGAGCCUACGUGAAAACACUGGGAGGGCGGGGUCAGCCCUCAGCCCAGAUAAUGAACGAUGAUCCUGAACCCUGGGGCUUCAGAGGAGGCCUCUCUGGAGAGUUCCAGAGGAUGCUGCCUUGCCAUGGAAACAGAGACCUGUUCAGACAUCCUCCUAUGACGGAGGUUUACUGCAUGCGGCCCUACUGCCCCGAAGACAAGACGGAGGUGCAAAUGAUUUUCAGGGAGAUGCAGGGUGAAGGAGGGGGCAAAGGCCUCUUGCUGACACAGCCUCCACUCAUCUGUGAUAGCCUGUCAGAAGGAGAAAUCCCCCCCUCUCCCCAGUGUGCUCUCGUCCUGGAGGAUGAGAUUGGGGUGUGUGGUUACGCACUGGCACUGACCGACGCCAGACCAGCCGCAGCCAAGAUUCAGAGGGCAGUAAGUGAUUCAGUGUUCAAGGACUUCCCCUCCCUGGUUACUGUACAAGUGCUGCCCCGGGUCACCGAUCCGUCUCCAGCAAAGCGUAUGAUUGGUCGGCUGUUGUCCUCCAUCAGGAGCAGUGGUUCCAGAGGAGUGUUCUGUGAGUUGAGGCAGAGCGACCGGAGAAUGCUCGACUUUUACACCAAACUGGGCUCCUUCAAACCCAUAAAAAUGGCCGGUCUACCUAAAGACAUCGUCGCCAUGGGAACAAGCCUGUGAACAAGAUCAAUUACAGGGAUUUUCCUCAGGUUUGAAAUGUUUUGAGAUACUGAUACUGUGAUACAGAUGUCGUGUGAUUAAUUGCUAACUUUGCAGCUUGUUAAACUGAACUCCAUUGUAAUUUUUAAUCAAUAUCAUUAUUUGUGUAAUUUAGUAACCAUCACCAUUUGUCCUCCUACAUGACAUUAGUCAAGGAAAGGCUUAAUGUAACAAAGUACUAAUAUAAUGAUCAAGUGUAACAGAAUACUACUGAUUUUGUAGACAUGAAGAUUGGAAAAUAUGUGUACAACAUAUGCAUUACACACAGACACAUUAAAAGAAAUACAUAUAACACAUUCAAACAAGAGUAGAUAUUUUAAUUAUUUGUGUUUUGAGAGGAUACAAAAGGAAUAUAUGAAUGGUUAAUCUUUAAAUAAAAUAGCUGGUGUUUCACUGGUUCUCUGGCUUGAGAA